AUGUUGUAUAUAUCUUUGUUUCUGGCGGCAUUUGCUGCCCUUGCCGUUGGGCAAGAAGAAGAAUUCGUCCCUGCCCCAGGCGUCUUCCCUGUCAAAGGCGACAACACGAUUAUCGGAGGGAUAUUUGCAAGCGGCCAUGAUGAAAUGAUGUCUUUAUAUCCAACUUUCCCAGUUCCAACACCUGGUCCCGAAGCACCUGCCCCAGGCAGCGGGGUGCUGACCCAGGGCUCUGGGCCAUAUCCAGCAAAAAUGUACACCGACCCUACACUUCCCAAUCACACCGUCUAUGCGCCCAUAAACUGUCCUCGAAAUGUCAAGAUGCCGUUCCUGUCUUGGGCAAAUGGUGAUUGUGCAAUGGAUGGAGCAACAUAUCGGUAUUUCCUGACGGAAGUCGCAAGCUGGGGAUACGUGAUCGCUGCUGAUGGGAUCCCCGGUGGAAUCAACGGUACCCUAUCAUUCGUCCAUCACUCGAGGGAAUCGGUAGAUUGGGCAAUGAGCGGAGGUGCAUCAAAAUACGGUAAAAUCGACAGAAACAAAAUCGCAGCCACUGGCCAUAGUUGCGGUGGACUGGAGGCCCUAUCGAUGGCGUAUCACGACGAGAGAGUUAAGCAAAUUCUGAUGUUCGAUAUUGGGAUAUUUUCAGAUACCAGACGAUAUCUCCUCCAAGAGAUCAAGGUGCCCAUUGCGUGGUUUAUGGGCGGACUCUUGGAUUUAGGUUAUGUUCUGGCGGAGAAAGAUUAUCCCCUUACAAGACCAGGGGUGCCAGCUUUCAAAGCUAAUCUUGAUGCUGGUCAUUAUGGAACUUUCCAGGCUACGAAUGGCGGCAAGUAUGCUAAGGCGGCUGUAGCAUAUCUUCAAUGGCAAUUCCGGCAUGAUCAUGCGUCGAAGGAAAUUUGUACUAAUCCAAGCUAUCCUAAUAGUCUUGUUUCGCAGAAUUGGGAAGUGGUGUUCAAGAACUAUAAUGGAGUCUAA